CUGAAAAAAGCUCGAAAAAAGCCCAAAAAAUGCCCAAAAAAUCUGAAAAAAGGCCCAAAGAUUGCCCCAAAAAUGCCAGAAAAAAGCCCAAAAAAUACCCAAAAAAAUCUCUAAAAAGGCCCCAAAAUUGCCCAAAAAAACCCCAAAAAAACCUCAAAAAAGGCCCAAAAAAAUCUCAAAAAAAGCCGAAAAAAUACCCAAAAAAUCUCCAAAAAAAGCCCCCAAAAAAGCGGCCCAAAAAAGCCCAAAAUGGUGAUUUUUUUUUUUCUCCCGAUGUUGUUGAGUUUUCCUCAUUCCCAGAUUUCAGGCAGGGCUUCCAAAAUUCCUGAAUUUCUUCUAAUUUAUCUCCUCAGCGGUGGUGAGCGUGGUGGCUUCAAUAAAUUCGGUGGACCCCGGGACCAAGGGCCCAGACAUGACCCAGGGGAGCAGGACAACUCGGACAACAACACGAUCUUCGUGCAGGGGCUGGGCGAGAACGUCACCAUCGAGUCGGUGGCCGACUACUUCAAACAGAUCGGGAUCAUCAAGACCAACAAGAAGACCGGCCAGCCCAUGAUCAAUCUCUACACCGACCGUGAGACCGGCAAGCUCAAGGGCGAGGCCACCGUGUCCUUCGACGACCCGCCCUCGGCCAAGGCCGCCAUCGACUGGUUCGACGGGAAGGAAUUCUCCGGGAACCCCAUCAAGGUUUCCUUCGCCACUCGCCGCGCCGACUUCACCCGCGGCGGGGGCGGCCGCGGCCGGGGCCGGGGAGGCCCCAUGGGCCGGGGCGGGUUCGGCUCCGGCGGCUCCGGCGGCCGCGGCGGCUUCACCGGGGGGGGAGGGGCCCAGCAGAGAGCGGGCGACUGGAAAUGCCCCAACCCGUGAGUGCCUUGUACUGGG